CAAAUUCCACCUCGCAAGAACCUCUCUCUCUCUCUCUCUCUCUCUCUCUCUCUCUCUCUCUCUCUGUUUCUUCGUAGGAGAUCGUUGCCAAUCUCUACAGAGCGGGCAAGAAAUGGCCGCGGUGGAGGUAGCGGAGGUGGAGCGGUGGUGCGUCGUCACCGGCGGUCGGGGAUUUGCGGCGAGGCAUCUGGUGGAGAUGCUCAUACGCUACGAGAUGUUCCACGUCCGUAUAGCGGAUUUGGCUCCAGCGAUACAGCUCGAGCCUCACGAGGACAGUGGAGUUCUAGGCGGAGCAUUGAGAUCUGGUCGCGCUAAUUACGUCUCCGCUGAUCUCCGGAAUAAAGCCCAAGUGAUCAGAGCUUUUCAGGGAGCAGAGGUUGUAUUUCACAUGGCAGCUCCAGAUUCUUCUAUCAACAAUUACCAGCUUCAGUACUCGGUUAACGUAGAAGGGACGAAGAAUGUCAUUGGUGCUUGUGUUGAGGUUGGAGUAAAGAGGCUUAUCUACACUAGUUCUCCUAGCGUCGUGUUUGAUGGGGUUCAUGGAGUUUUGAAUGCUGAUGAAUCAAUGCCAUAUCCACCCAAGCAUAAUGAUUCUUACUCUGCAACCAAAGCUGAAGGAGAGGCAUUGGUCAUGAAGGCGAACGGCACAAAUGGACUUCUCACUUGUAGCAUACGUCCUAGCAGCAUUUUCGGUCCUGGUGAUAGAUUGAUGGUUCCAUCGCUUGUAGCUGCUGCCAGGGCUGGAAAAUCCAAGUUCAUUAUCGGUGAUGGAAAUAACUUCUAUGAUUUUACCUACGUCGAAAAUGUAGUGCAUGCCCAUGUAUGUGCUGAACGAGCUCUAGCAUCAGGAGGAGAAGUUUCUGAGAAAGCUGCAGGCCAGGCAUAUUUCAUCACCAACAUGGAGCCAAUUAAGUUUUGGGAGUUUAUGUCGCAGAUUCUUGAAGGACUUGGCUAUGAGAGGCCAAGAAUAAAGAUCCCUGCAGUCGUCAUGAUGCCAAUUGCUCAUCUGGUUGAAGUGAUAUAUAAAUUGCUGGGACCAUAUGGAAUGAAAGUACCACAACUAACACCUUCAAGAGUUAGGCUGCUCUCUCGCAGCAGAACUUUCGAUUGUUCAAAAGCAAAGGAUCGGCUGGGCUAUUCUCCAGUGGUGCCACUUCAGGAAGGUAUUCGGAGGACAAUAAACUCUUUCUCGCAUUUGAGAGUUGAAAAUAAACCCAAUCGAGAGGGUUCAUCCAAAGCUUCUAGAUUUCUUGGAGAUGGAAAAGUUGCUGAUACACUUCUGUGGAAGGAUAAGAAGCAGAGUCUCUUUGCCAUACUCAUUCUGUUUGCUAUCUAUUAUAACUUUGUUGCGACCGGAUCUUCCAUCAUAACUGCUCUUGCGAAGGUUCUGUUGGCGGCAUCGAUAUUCUUGUUCAUCCAUGGCCUUUUGCCGGAGAAAAUAUUCGGUUACAAAAUCGAAAAAAUCCAUCCAUCGCAGUUCCACCUCUCCGAGGAAUCGUCCCGCCAACUGUCUUUGUCAGUGAUUUCUUUAUGGAACGAACCUGUUAAAACACUGAAGUCUCUCUGCCAAGGGAAUGACUGGAGCUUGUUUCUAAAGGUGGUACUAAUUCUACUAGUUUUAAGUUUUGCGGGAGCUCUAUCACUUCGCAGCUUAUUUGUUAUAGGGGUUCCCAUUGGCUUCACGGCCUUUCUGGUGUACGACAAAAAGGAGCAAGAGGUAGACUCAAUGGUAUUGAGAUUUAAAUCUUCUAUGCGCGAAAGGAGACACGGUAUUUCUGCAAAAUUGUUCGGGAACAAGAAAAAUGACUAAGAGCACCAGCGCCGUGGGUUUGGUAUUGUUGAGAUUCUUCAGGAACAUGCGUGGAUAUUGCUUUUUUUUUUUUUUUUUUU